AUGGAUCUCCCGUCGGGAGGCUCCGAGGGGGAGAAGGUGGGAGGCCCGAUGCUUUUUCCAGGAAGCGGGACGUGCCCGAGUCCUCCCGAUGGCGGGAUUGGCGUGUCCACCGUCUGUGCCGCAGAUUUGCUUCCGGCGCCUCAGCCAGGCGAUGGAAAGGAGAGACCGAGCCUGCAGCGCUCAACGUCCCUCUCUGCUCCUCUGUAUUUCUCGCUGCCUGUGCCUCUCUUUCCGUGCGCCGCUCCCGCACAUCUUCCCCCGCCUUCGACUCUCUCGGGCUUGGUAAGCACGGCCGAUGACUUCGCCUCCUGGGGUGUCGCUCUGGAAAGCCUCGCUGCAGCGACCUUCCGCGCGUCUCUGCUGGAACUCCUGCACUCUGCCUACCUCCCCUCACGGCCUCGGCUUAUGUGGCGAAGGGUAAAGAGGCGACUGCGCGGAGAUGGCGAAUGCUGGGGCGAAGCAGAAUCCGCAGAGGGUUGUGAGCGACAGGCACGCGAGAAGGAGGGAACGGCGGGCGCCUCUCAUGAGGGAGGAAAGCGCGGGCCAGGCGAGCGUCGGCUGUCUGGACACUGCGACGAAGGCGAUGGCCCAGGUGCGGUGCUGAGUCGUAGCGUACGGUCUCCGGCCGUGCCACCAGAAAAGGCAACGGAGUGCGGUCUCGAGCCUGAAACUGAAUGUGGCGCAAUGUGGGGAAGGAACGGAGGACGCAAGGUGACGGAGAUGAUGAAGAGAAGAGAACUGCUGUUGGAAGACGUCUGUUCGCGGUUCUUCCUGUGGUUUUAUGUCGACGUUUCACGGAAGAUGAUCACUGAUGGGCUGAGCUUGGCGCGACGAAGGCUCCCGGUGGACUGGGUGUACAGACAUUACGGAACGCUGUUGACCAUGCCGGAAUGCCACUUUGACAUUUACCCUCCGUACUGCAUUCCAAUUGCACACGAGAGAACGGCGUCGUUCCUGGGCGACAUGGAGGGAAAAGAAGGCAGCCCUGCCCAGUGCCGCACUCCUGUGUCUUCCGAUUCUCUCUCCGAAGUCUCCGACAGUUCUCAGGAAGCGGAGCCUGAGGAGGACGGCGGGGAAACACUGCCCCCGGAGGCUUCCUCUGCCUCGCUGGAGGAUAGUCUCGUGGAUCUGACCAAGAGAAGCUUUCCGGAAGAGGCCGAUGAAGCAGUUCGAGAAGAGGUCCCGGCGAAAGACGCACAGGACAGCGGCGUCGAGGCGCUUCCGCACAUCGAGGUGGAGACCUCUUCGGGUGUACAUACACCGGAGGACUCUGUGGAGUCGGGUGUAUCGGACGUGGCGCACUGCUCGCCUAGCAACCGUCAUGCAGCCAGUCUCGAAGCACUUCUUCCGUCUUCUUCUGAAGCAGGCUGCGACUCUCGCCUGAGCCCCGCGGAGCUCUCCACCACAGAACUGCACGAUGAAGACUCCGACGCCGGCGACACAGGGAACUCGUUCCCCUUGUCAGGGGCGUGUCCCGCGCCCGGUGCGCCGGUCCCUCUUUCGGCUGGGCCUUCAGUGCUCGAAAACUCGCCCGCCUCGCCGCUCGGAGCUGCUGAACCCUGCGCAGCUUCGGAUGUCUCUCCACGAACCGAUGCGGGCACGCCGUCGCGGUUGCCUUUUGCUGUGUCUCCCGUCGCCAAGAAGCGAACGUCUUCCCCCAUUCACACGAAUGGAGAGGUUUCGCCGCAGCUUUUCUCGAGGCGAAGCGAGUCUGGCUCUCCCUGGUCGUCUCGGACGUGCAGGGCGUCCGUUCUCUCCGAAGCGUUUGACUCCUCGAAAAAGGACGAACUUGCCUACAGCCUCAGCCGGAUCCGUCAGGUCUCCUCAUAUUCUCCUGUCUUCUCGCCCUCGUACGCAGACUUCCGAGAUCUUCGCGCAGCGGUGUCUCGAGGGGACCAAGACGCAUGCGCCCCCCCGCAACAACCUGCGACGGCGGAAGACUCGUCCCGGACCUCGUGCGCUUCGCAGACCGCAGCUGAGCAGUGCCCAGAGAAUCUGACAGACGGUGCCUCAGGAGACUCUUCGACAGGGUCCGACGCGGAGGAGCCUCGCGAGGACGACAAAGACGACUUCCUGAUUGUGUUAUCAGAGAGCGAAGCAGAGGAGACCGAACGGAUGCACCAGCUUGCGGCCACGAUGCGAAGAAGUCUGCAAACGAAGGGACGCGCCUCGCCGCGGAACGAAGGCGCAGAGGGUCGGGAGACAGCGCGUGCGGCAGAGGCGGAAGCUGGCGCGAAGCGCCCGGGGAAUUUGGGGAGAAGUGGUGAGCCGGUCGCUGUGCCGGUGAAGAAGGGGAAUAGAGAGAGCCUUUCCAGCCGAACGAGGAUGGCGCAAGAGCACGCGUCCGAAGAGGCGGAAGAACAGGAAGAGGACAACCAGCCGAUAGUGGAGAGAACCGGGGAGGUGGAAGAGCGGCUUCUGCAAGAGGAGACGGUUCACGGAGCGCGUUCCAACGAAGAGACAGCGACGCGCCUGCCUGCCGAUGCGGGCAGUGCCGUCGCGAGCGCGUCGAAUGAAGAGUCGCGAAUCGAAGAGCCCCACGGCGAGAGGAAGCGAGCGAGAUCAAAGGGGAAACGCGACUCGGGACUGGCCGCCGGCUGUCGGAGGUCCGCACGCUUGAGCAGUGCAGCCCGCGAGAAGAGCGCCGUUCGCGGCGUAGAGCGGGAAGCCAGGGGACGGGCCGGGUGUAUGGACAGUGAGAAGCGUGAAGGGGGAGAAUUCGUCGCGAACGAAGGGGCUGCCGGCGCAGAACCGUUUUUUCCCUCGAGUUCCGAGGAGAAGUUGGGCGACAGCGCAGAGAGACGCGGCAGAGUGGCGCGCAGAACAGGGACGGACAGAAAGGCGAGCUCGCGAAACGUUUUGCUGCGCAGAAAGUCUGGGGAGGGUGCCGCAUGCGGCGCAGGGCGGGGCGAGUCGCUGCCGGAAGGCGCACAUCACGAGACGUUCCACGCCGUCCCGUACAGAGCACGCAAGAGAAGAAAAACCCAUGAACGCGUUGUUCCGGAAAUCGCAGAGGACGAGGAAAGACACGAGUCGAGCCGAGACGCCAAGGAUAUGGAGACGCCGCAGCGAAGCCAAGAGCGAAAACGCGAGGAGAGACGCCGGAGACUGUCGAAUGGCCGAGACGGCGGAGAGGUCCCAGUGGGAGAUGGCGGCUUCCUAGCUGCCGGGGAAGAUGUCGAGAAGCUCGGCAAGUCACCUCGAAGCGACUUCGAGAGGGAGACGGAUUCCGAAGCCCAUCAGGACACGCGCGGGGGGAGUCGAGGCUCUUCCCGAGGGCCGGAGAAGACGCGCUUCCUCGAGAAAGACGACUCUCUGGGUGUCGCCUCGCCAGAGAGACACGAGAAAGUUUCCUGGCUCGGCACAGACAGCGAUGAGGACGGCGAGAACAGGGACUCGAGUCCCGCGACCUCCAAGAGGACCGUGGACCUACUCUCGCCUCCCCCGUCCCCUGCGAUGAGUUGUCGGCAAGACGCCGAGCGAGGAGCUCGCCCGUCUGUCUCUCUCGCGGUCUCCACCGUUUCAGGGCGCUUGGAGGGAGACGUUGGCCAGCCAGUCAAAGACGAGCCGCGCGCUCAUGUCGCGGGGUCGCUCGCCUGUGAACUCGAGAGUACAGAAGACAGGCAAGAGCCGCCUGGCGAGGGCCCUGUGGCAGUUGCAGCCGGCCGGACUCGCCCUCUGUUUUCGCGGUUUCCCCGCGAAGCGCAUGCACCCUUUUCUUCUGACAGAGACAGCGGGGCGUUGAAGGCCUCGGCGCUCCAGGCGCAGAUGAUGGAGAUCUUCGGAGGCAGCGCCUCUCAGGCGUCUCAAGCCCGCAAAAGUUGUGAGUCUGUGCCUGCUCUCGAAGGAGAAGGGAGGAAACGCGAAGACGCGGAAAGUCGCCGCCUCUCGACGCUCGGAGCCUCGGCACCGGUUGAUCUCUGGUCGCAGUACGAGAGCGAGCGCGCACAGACAGAGCGCCUUUCCUCGGAGACAGAAGACGCGAGUUUCUCUGUUUCGCCGAGGCGAGAGGAUCCAGAGGAAGCGCCAGCCAGAGCAGAGGCGGGAGAGGCGCGCAGGGAGUUAGGGGGGAAAAGCGAGGAGCGGGAGGAGGCGGGGCGCCGCAGUGCGGAGACAGAGCGCGAUCUAGGGGCCGAAGAGCAGAGAGAACGGAUACACGAAGAGACAAGAAUUCCGCGGUUCCGAGGGUAUCGCUUGCACACUUCCGGCCGUUUCCUUCGCGGUAGCGGACCUUUCGCUCAACGCUAUCUGCAGGAGGUGGACGCCCGGUUGGAGGCGAUUGAGACACAACUCGCUGCAGCCAAAGCCGCGACAGAGACACAUCGGGCAUGGGGUCGGGUUCCCUCCUUCGCGCGUUUGCCAAGGCGGUCUGUGGCGCCGGGACUCGAACCGCCGUCGUUUCCCCGAAGCGACGACGAGAGCCCCGAGGCACUGGAAACUUCGCCGCGGGAACGGAGACCCCGAUGCGCUGUCGAGACACCGCAUCGCGCAUGCACAGAGCGCGCAGAGGUUUCUCUGGAGCGCAGCCCGGAUACCGACAGCGAAGUCGAGCAGAGCGGUGGAGAGCGGACACCUCAGCUCGCAGAGUUCGAUCAGAAUCCGGGACGCGAGCGGCGUGAGAGCGGUCUCUCGGGUCUUCCCUGGGCGUCCAGAGAAGGGGCUUUCCCAACUGCGGACCACGUCGGGAUCGACGACGUGGACCAGGAAGGCGACGCGUCUGAAACACGUCUCCAUCGUGGGACUCUGCGCAUGCGCUCGGACCAGGAAGCGGCUUCGCCCUGUGCACGCGGAAAGGGAGGAGGGAAGUCGCUCUACCAGGGACGUGGCAUCCGGACGGGGCUGCAGAGGAGACAGCCCGUUUCCUCAACUCGAAGGGAAGGAUCUCCCGUUUCGCUUGCGACGCGGCAAACGCUAGGGGGUCUCCCUGGAGCGCGCGGCGGAGGCGGUUUCGGGAAAUCAGGGGCGGCGCCUCGGGCGGCGCAUGCGGCGCCGCGCGCUUUCGGCCGCGGUCCUUCCACUGAGGCCGGGAGAGAGGCUGCCGUUCGAUCCCGAUCCCUUCGCGGCGGCGUCGCGGCCUCUCGGGGUGUCUCUACACCUGGCGCGCGUGCAGCCGGCUCGACGCGGCUGGGGGACAUCGCACCUUUUGGUCGUUCUCAGCGGGAGGUGGGAAAAGCAGAGACGCAUGCGCCCGCUCCGGACGCCUGCCGGCCGAAACGGAGUGCUCCUUUGCCGCGCGUCGCCCUCUUCGCGACUCAGCGAGAGCAAAAACAGGCCAAGGCGCACGGUCCGCUCAGAGAGACGCAACCGACUCGGCGCGGCGUGAGCCCAGCCGCUAAUGCGCGCCUGCCGCAUGCGACAAAGCGAGUCGGCAGCGCAGCUGGGGGGACUCCAGCGAAAACAGGUGUGUAG